AUGACAACCCCGGCCACAGGAGUCAUUGUCCCGGGGGCCGCCGAUCCCGGCCUGGGGGCUGCCGGCUCCGACCCGGGGGCUGCCACCCUGGAUCCAGUCCAAGUGGUCGUCCUCACAGUGGUAACGGCUUCGUCAUGGGCCCAAUCAAUCCUCGCCUUCUUGGAGAGCGAAGUGCUCCCCAUGGACAAAACCGAGGCCCGACAAGUGGAAUGGCGGGCGUCCUCUUACAGCAUCAUCAACAACGAGCUCGUCAAGUGCAGCGCGAUAGGCAUGUUCCAGCGCUGCGUCGAGGAAGACAAGGGCAUUUAG